CUUUGGCACAGACAACUUGUUUAAAAAACAUAAACCAGAACCACCUCAAUUGGUAAAGCCCUUGAUAUUUUACCUUUAAAUCUAUAUAUGAGUAAAUAUAUAAAUUUAUUGUUAUACGUAUAUAGAUAUUAAAAAACAUGGCAGCUGCUGUAGCAAAGACAAAGGUUACUGAUGAAGUGCAAAUCACGCAUGUUGACCAGCAGAUGAUAAAUUCAUUUGCUAAUAAAAAUGCAAAACAAAAUGAGCUUAAAACAAUCAUCGAGAACAAAAAGAAAGAACUACAAAACCUGGAAGAUGCUGGUGAUGAAUUAAUUCUUCUUGAUGAUGAAGGGACAAUACCCGUACAUGUUGGUGAGACAUUCAUGCAUCUAAGUAUGGAACAAGCUCAAGAGUUUAUCGAUUCGAAAAAAGAAACAAUAGAGAAUGAUGUAAGAGAAUUAGACACACAAAUGCAACAGUAUAAAGGUGAAUUAAAAGACUUGAAAGUCAAACUGUAUGCAAAGUUUGGAACAAAUAUUAACUUAGAAGAAGAUGAAGAUAGUUAGAUAUAGUUGUAGUAGCUUAUAUAUAUAUAUAUAUAUAUAUAGCAACCAAUAACAGAUCUUCAUUUUGUUAUUUCUUUUAGCACUAUGUAUAUUAUUGCUUUACUAUUUACGACAAAUAUUAUAUACACUGGUUGCUUGGAAA